AUGAAAAACAUUCUUCCACACGAAGUUCACCAAGAGCCGAGGGAUAAAAGUGACCACAAUGACCCAGUGUCAAAACCACCAGAAAACGACGGACUAAAUUGCACAAUGUCGGUAAAAAAGAUUGGAGGGGUAAAAGAGAAUGACAGCGCUCAAGAAGGAAGGAAUCGGAUAUUCCUCCGCGAAGAUGCAAAGCGCGAAGAGAGAAUUGUGAGGAUCUUGUCAGCGCCGGGGGAAACGAGUGACUGUUGGGCGACAGAGGCCACUGUUCUGGCUAAUCAUCAGGAGGACAGCUCCGCCCGGGGGCACGAUGGGCCAGAUUGGGUCGGCCUGUAG